UUAACUUUCCAGAGGUCAUCAGUAUUUGAAAUGAUAGUGGCAACAGUUUUUUGUUGUGAUCGGUUCGGUAAUUUGUGAUUUUUGAUCCGAGGAACGUGUUGCAGCAUAAUCGCCGUGUUUUGUAAUAAGAUAGAAUUCCAGAGAAAACUUGCAAAGAACAUGUCUCUUAUUCGUUCCAUAUCGAGAAGUAUGAGUCCAGUUGCUAUGAUUCAGACUCCUAUUUCAUCUAUGGUUGAUAAAGUCUUCUAUCACCACAAAGUUGUAGAUCAUUAUGAGAAUCCUCGUAAUGUUGGUUCACUUGAUAAGAAUGAUAAAACUGUAGGAACUGGUCUUGUUGGAGCUCCAGCAUGUGGUGAUGUAAUGAAAUUACAGAUAAAAGUUGAUGAACAAGGAAAAAUUGUUGAUGCUAAAUUCAAAACUUUUGGUUGUGGUGCUGCUAUAGCUUCAAGUUCCCUUGCAACUGAAUGGGUAAAAGGAAAAUCUGUUGAUGAUGCUUUGAAGAUAAAAAAUUCUGACAUUGCCAAAGAACUCUGCUUGCCACCUGUGAAACUUCAUUGUUCAAUGCUUGCUGAAGAUGCUAUUAAAGCUGCAUUGAAGGACUAUAAGAUAAAACAGUCUGACAAGAGUUCCUAAACAAUGAUUUUGCUGUUUCCAUUGAAAGCAUAGACUACAUUGAGCUUGUAAAUUUUUUGUAUUAUAGUUCAGUUGUUUUAUAUUUUUAAUUCUCAUCUAUGUAAGAAACUUUGGCAAUUUAUGGUAAAUAAAAAUAUAUCCUAUA